AAUGAUUACACAGUACAUCAAAAAUUCGAGAGAGAGAAGANUACAAAAUUAAGAAUGAAAAUGAGAAGCCCGAAAAGAGAAGGCGGCGUGAAGAGGGGCCCGUGGACGGCGGAGGAGGACGAGAUACUGGCGGGUUACCUAAUGAGGGAGGGAGAGGGGCGGUGGCGGACGCUGCCCAACAAGGAGGGGCUACGGCGGUGCGGGAAGAGCUGCCGUCUCCGGUGGAUGAAUUAUCUCCGGCCCUCCGUCAAGCGCGGCCACAUCACCUCAGAUGAGGAAGAUCUCAUUCUCCGCCUUCACCGUCUCUUAGGCAACCGAUGGUUUUUAAUAGCGGGACGAAUUCCAGGCCGUACGGACAAUGAGAUAAAGAACUAUUGGAACACUCAUCUGAGCAAGAAAUUGAUGAGCCGAGGGAUCGACCCCAAAACUCACAAGCCUCUAAUUAACAAACAAAACAACAACCAAUUAUUGAACGAAAAUGGGAUUAACGUUGAAGAUGGAGAUACUGGAUUAAUUAUGAGUAGCGACGAUUGUGAAUCUAGUCAUCAUAAGAAUGGCAUGACGCUGGAAAAGAAUUCGACAAGUGUUGAUGAAGGAAAAUUAGUAAUAAAUGUUAAUGAAGAUGGAGCUGAUUGUGAGGAUGUCAUGAUAAAUAAUUGUUGCCCGGAUGACGCAUUUUCGUCCUUCUUGAAUUCGCUCAUUAACGAUGACAUGUUCGUUAAUAUUCAGCAUCAUGAUGAUCAGCAAAGCAGCUGCCUCAUUUGAAUAUGUAUAAUUUACUUAUUUCAUGAAUUCUUAUAUAUAUGCAGGUGUUUUGGGAUCAAUGCCGGUUCUGUGUACUACAGAUAUUUUGCUACUCUUUCAUGAGCCCACAUGUAUGCGUCACAAUAUUGAAAGGAUCAAGUGUAAUAGUAUUUUCUCGGCAUUGAUCCGAUGAUUUUUCAUCAUCUUUCCUACGAGUAACAAUUAAUAUUAUU